AUGCCGUCCUCGCUCCUCCGCGCAGGAAUCGCCGCGCUCUUCGACCGUUCACGCGGCGCAGUCGCGGCCAUUACCGGCGCUGGCGGUCCAGGAGCAGCAGAUGAUGACGCCGUCACCGGUCCGCUCGCCCCGAGCUGGCUCGUGCAUGGCGGCUGGGCCUCCCCAGACGCCUUCACCGACGUCCGUCGUCUCCUCUUCUACGCCGCAGCGUGCGUGAUGCUCCUCGUGCUCGUGGCCGUCACUUGCCCGACCGAUUUGUCUUUCCGCUCGCACCUCACAGAGCUCGCGUUCCGCCGGCACCUCGCGCACAUCCGUUCUUCGGAUGAGCCAGAGACCGACGCGCGCAACAGCUCGACACCCCCCAACGGCGUCAGCGCGUCUGCUUCUGGCGGAAACCACACCGGCAGCGAUACACCACCCAUCGCCCCGUUCCGCUUUGCAAACCACGUCGCCAUCUCCCUCCGCACACCUAGUCUCUGUUAUCAAUCCUACUUCUUUUUCGCCAUUGCUCUGUCUGCCGCCCCGCGACCUCCCGCAUACCUGUCGGACCCGGUCCCUUCCAAGGCAGCCAAGAAUGCCGGCCCUCCCCCUCCCGAGCCCGCCCUCGUCUACCUCGGCGUCCUCGGCCACUGGUUCAUGCUCGGACAAGUGCCUGCGCUCCUGCAGUGGGCAUGGCGACUUGUCCGUAUCGGUCGUCGCGACAAGGCCCGCAAAAAGUCUUCCGCCCUCGACCGCCCCGGCGUGCUGGAGAUGCGUGCCGUCCUCCCAAACAAGGAUGAGACGACCGCUCCGACCUCAACCCGCCCGUCUGCCCUUGUGCCCAAGCUUCUCUUCAAGAACGACUCGUACAAGGACCUUACCGACCUCUUGCCGCUGCAUUCCGGCUCGUCGAUCCUCCCCCAAGGUGGCUCGCUCGUGCCGGAACCCCGCUCGCGACGAGGGUCCAUUGUCAACCUGAUCGCGACGCCGCCAACACCUCCUACACUGGAAGGCGGCGCGCCUGCGAUCGAGGUCUCAUCCCCUGUCCUUACCGCCCUGAAAGCCGAACUGGCCACUGCCCAGUCGGUGCUUGCCGAACUGCAGGCACAGCUUACGACCCACGAUGAAGCAGUCGCCGCAUCGCAGGGUCAUCUCCAGUCUACGCUCGACGAGCUGCGCCAACGGCGCAAGGAAGACGACGCCGAACGCCAGGACCUCAAGUCCAAGGCCAAGACGUUGGACGACCAGAAGCGCCAGGCCGAAGGUGCGCGUCGCGAAUCCGAGAAGCGUCUCAAGACGGUCGAGUCGAUCCGCGACGGCAUCCAGGCCAAGAUUACCACGGCGCUGGGCGAGAUAGAAGAGUUGAAGGAAAACAUGGAGCUCAGCCGACACAACAUUACCAUUGUACACCAAGAGGCGGCGCGUCACCUUGUCGAGACGCGCCAGGCCGUAGACGACAAGACCACCGAACUCGGCGUCAUCGAGGCCGAGGUCGUCGAGGCCGAACAGGUCAACGAAACACUGUGCCAACGCGUAAAGGACGCCGAGGACAAGCUCAAGUCUGCAGAGAUCGCCGCCGUCGAGGCUCGCAAGAUGGCUCCCGAAGAGGAAAUGAUGCUCAUGGCCGCGGCCUACGAGGCUGUUGCGUCAGAGACCUAUCUCCACGGCCAGCGCCAGAACCAGGCAGACAGCCAGUGGGUGUCACAGGCAGCAGCUUACAUGGCCGAGGCGGGCUUCCCCCACCUCGACCAGUCGUACACUGCCCGUCCCACGCAGUCUGCUGCCUCUGGUUACGGCCACCUCGCUCGCGCCCAUCCCAACAAUGCGUCGUACCGCAGCCUCGUUGAGAAGAACAUCUCCGCCACCGCCGCCGACAAGAAGCUUGCCGAUGUGUCUGGGUUUGAAGACUUUGGGCCCGGAGCCUCGCGCUCCCUCGCGCGCCCCACGACCCCGUCCCUCCAGACCGACGACAUUGAUGACCAAGGGUCGCCGAGCGGGCCCAUGUCCGCCUCAUUCCCCGACAGCUGGCUGCCGCAGGGCCUCGUGCGCUCUCUCGAGGGCGACGUGACGCCUCUCGAGGGCGCGUCCGAAGUGGCGCCGUCCGACGACGAGGGCCUGUACGCUUCGCACACGAUAAUGCACGAGGACGCCGUGGCAGACGACUCUGGCUCCGACUCGGACCUCGGCUCGCCCCACUGGCCCACGUCGGCGCGCGAGCACUUUGACGAGUACGCCGUCCCCGGUCCCCGCUCGCGCCGCGUCACUCCUACCUCGCGUCUCUUGCCCAACGGCCAGCCUGCCAUGUCGGGCUCUGCAUCGACUCUACCUGGCAUGAACUCGACCUCGACCUCGAACGCCGCCAACAGCGCGGCGGCCAGCAGCAUGGCGGCCGCGUCGUCGCGUCGCUGGUUCUCGACGUCGCCUAGCUCGGAAAACGUCUCGUCGUCGUUCAACCUGUUCAGCACGGGCGGCAUGCCUGGCGGUCUGGGCUCGAGCGACUCGCUGCCCCUCGGAUUCGAAUCGCCGUUUGCCCCCUCUGCGUCGGAAAAGCGUGCCCUCAAGUGGCCGCUGCUCGGCAAGGCGCGCUGGGGCGGCGGAGGCACCAACGGCAACGCCGCCAACGGCCUCGACGAAAUCACCCAGUCGCUCAAGGAAGACCAGCAGCUGUCCACAUCGCCCAGCCUCAGCCUCAUGGGCUUUGGCUCGUCCCCGCCCGCCACCGCAGCGCAGACCAGUCUCAGCGCCGAGGAACUGUUCAACCGCGUCCCCGCCGACUCUGCGCCCACGCAGCACGCGUCCCUCGCCCCCGGCCGCUCGCCGUGGCUCUCGGCCCGUCCGUUCGGCUAUGGCAACAACAACACCAACAACAGCAACGCCAAUGGACACGGACUCGGACACGGCAGCCAGAACCAGGCCAGCCACGCGCACCACACCCGCGUGUCGAUGGACGAGGAGGCAGGUCUCGCGGGCAUGUCCGGUGCCGACAUGGCCCGCCCGCCGCCCGAGCGCAAGCCGUCGUUCCGCUUCUUCUCGCUGCGCAAGGGCGCGUAA